AUGACGGAUCCGACGACGAGAAUCCCGACGCGUCCGAGGGUAACGCCAGCGCCCGCCAAACCACCACUAUUGGGGGCCACUCCGAGCCGACCACCGGGCUCCAGGGCGAGGCAGAACGACGCGGAGAAAUUUUGGCGGAAGGCCAUGGCCCGCCGUACUCGGAACAACCCGGACUUGAUCCGACGCGGGAUAGCGGGACGGCGACGACCACCGGAGAGUAUCCCGGUGGUGCACCUCUCCGAGGAGGAGGACGGGCAUCCGACCGACGCCGCUCCUGCCUCCGCUCCGACCACCGGGCCCACCAUCAGGCUGGUUGAGGUGUACCCGCGCCAUACAUUCCGGCUCCUGCAGCCACCAGCAACCGGAAGAAGUGCCGUCUCCGCGGCGGGGAUCGCCGCCCCGAAACCAGCGGAGGUGGUGGCCGCUCGACCGACCGCUCGUCCCCGGGCUCCGGGGGUGACCCAGGCGCCGACCGCCACCGCCCCCGGGCCCGCACCGAGCAACGAAGGGGCUCAGCCUACGCAGACGAGGACGAUGCCGCGGAUGCCCCGCGACCCGUUUUGUUGGAGACCGACGACGCCGCGGGAGGAACGGGACGUGGUUGUGGAUGGGUGCCUGAUCCGGGUGCCCAUCGGCA